GCCGGCAUGGGGAUGCCUUUUCCGCACACGAAACAAUAUUAUGUCCGCGACAACCCCAACCACAUGCAGUUACACAUGUUGAGACACAGCAAGGAAACUUUUUCCUCACACCACAAGGUCAUUUGUUCCCAGCGCCGAGCUUAGGCCUCUUGACUUGAUGUCGAUAUCAACAUGAAGGCCAGAUUGCCCCAUGUCCAUGUCCUCACCCCCCUCGUAUCAAUCCUGGCAUUUUCCUGUCUCGCGACCAGCACAGAGCACACGACCGAUGAAUUCACUUUCAGCUGUGUCCCAUUGACCACACAACUCUCCGAUCCGAUAGUUUCCCCAGGUGGAAUAUCGGAACAUGUCCACGUGAUUGCCGGAGGUACAGCAUUCCAGAGGACAAUGGGCGUCAACACCGCCCGCAACGCCCAAGAGACGACUUGCGGCGUAGCGAUUGAUAAGAGCAAUUACUGGAUCCCACAGUUGUACAAUCAAUUACAGAAUGGCUCUUUCCAGCUCGUGGAGUAUCAGUCGAGUGCUAUAUAUUACCUCGACCGAGCGUGUGAGUAUGGAGUUAAUCUAACGAGCUGCGAUACGUCGGAGUAUCCAUUGGCACCACCAGAAGGGCUGAGGAUGGUAGCUGGGGAUCCUGAUCUACGAUCAUACAAUGACUCUGAUUUAGCUCAGAAAGCCAUAUCGCACAUGUGCAUAGAGUAUGACGGUAGCUCCAACGAAACAAAGCACUUCCCACGACAACCUUGCCAGAUCGUGCGGUCGCAGGUCUUUAUGCCUUCCUGCUGGGAUGGUAAGAACCUCGAUAGUGCGGAUCACAAAAGCCAUAUGGCAUAUCCCGCGGUCGGGGAUUAUAAUAAAGGUGUCUGUCCUGAAUCUCACCCAGUGGCGAUAUACUCAAUCUUCAUGGAAUUCUUCUUCAACACGGGUCCAAUAGGGAGUCGCCAGAGCCUGGUGUACUCCAUGGGUGACACAACUGGGUAUGGAUUGCACGGUGAUUUCAUUCACGGCUGGACCGACCAAGCUGCCCUGCAACAAGCUAUGGACACCUGUACGGGGCCCAAGGGAUUAGACGAUCCUGAUUGCUCGGUAACAAGAACCCAAAAGAGGGCCUUGACGCCCCUGUCGCAGCCUUUGGAUGUUGAGGAGCCGAAGGAUGAACUGGGACAGAGUGGACCUCUUGACAGCUUGCCGGGGGAUAACCCUGUCAUGUGGCCGGAUGAGUCGGAGUGAUAUGGGAGCAAGUACGAACAAUUGCGAAAGAUUUGACCUCUCCCUCUUGAGAUUAUUGAGUGGAGAUAUUGACGAUUUGGAAAGGGGGGAGACAAUGGACGAAUGAACGAAUUUUGUCAAAACAAGACCAGACUGUUGUGAUCUGUAGUUAUCACUCGUGUUGGUGUGUAUUGCAGUGGCGUUUGAAAAAAGUGGCCCCUCAAAG